AGGUUUUCACCUAAGGGAACAUAUUUGAAGCACCAACGUCGUGGCCAUCAGAAAUGGGAAGAAUGAGAUGGUCAACGAUCAAGGCUAUGGCUAUGCCGAUGAUCGCAAAGUUUGAGGAUGUGUUAACGCCUCCUUUAUCGCUGGAAACAACUAGGACAGUGGCUCCAGCCUCUAAAUCUGGUGAUGGCAUGUGCCACUACGCUUCUGCACGGGAUCUUCGAGGGUCUGACAUAAUGAAUACUGUAGAAUACAAUGAGGAAAACGAUGAUAAUGGUGGUGAUGAAAUGAUUGAUGUGAAGGCCGAUGAAUUAAUUGCUCAAUUUUAUGUACAAAUGAGGAUUCAAAACACCCAUUACAUGAACACUGACAAUAGGAAAGUGGACCAUUUAUAUUGAAAUCGUAGAA